GCCAUGGGGCUCCUGUCGGACCCAUACCGCAGGCGGGCGCUGUCCCGGCUCAUCCUCCGCCUCAACACCCCACUCUGCAUCCUCAGCUACCUGGCUGGGCUGGGCUGGUUCCUGGGCCUGGCCUCCCCGCCCUUCACCAUGCGCUCCUACAUGUCGGAGAACGCCAUGGGCUCCACCAUGGUGGAGGAGCAGUUCGUGUUCGGCGAGAGGGCACUCUCCUACGCCCGCGAGUUCGCUGGCCACAAGAAGAAGGUGGGGGGGAUCCCUGUGGCCUGGCUGGAGAAGACCAUGUGGAACCUGGGCCUGGAGGUUUAUAAGCAGCCCUUCUCCCGCACUCUGCCCUUCCCCGACGAGAUGCGCGAAAGAUACAUGGUGAAGGGCACAAAUGUGUAUGGGAUCCUGCGGGCGCCACGUGCGGCCAGCACGGAGUCCCUGGUCCUGAGCGUGCCCUGCAGUACGGGGCAGCACAACAACCAGGCUGUGGGGCUCAUGCUGGCCUUGGCUUCCUACUUCCGGGGUCAGAUUUACUGGGCCAAGGACAUCAUCUUCCUGGUGAACGAGCACGACCUGAUUGGCAUGGAGGCCUGGCUGGAGGCCUACCACGACGUCAACGUCACUGAGGUGCUCUCCUCGGGGAUGCUGGGCCGGGCCGGAGCCAUCCAGGCGGCUGUCUCGCUGGAGCUGAGCAGCGACGUCAUCACCAGCUUCGACGUGGCCGUGGAGGGGCUGAACGGGCAGCUGCCCAACCUGGACCUGGUCAACCUCUUCUACGCCUUCUGCCAGAAGAACGGGCUGUUGUGCACCAUCCAGGGCAAGCUGCAGCGCACGGACUGGGACACGCUGCCGGCCUAUGUGCACAGCCUGCAGACCCUGCUGCUCAUGGUGCUGAAGCAGGGCUCUGGCCGGCCCCAGGGCGACCACGGCCUCUUCCUGCGCUACCACAUCGAGGCCAUCACCGUGCGCGGCAUCAACAGCUUUCGGCAGUACAAGUACGACAUGGGCACCGUGGGCAAGACGCUGGAGGGGAUGUUCCGCAAGCUGAACAACCUGCUGGAGCGCCUGCACCAGUCCUACUUCUUCUACCUGCUGCCCUCGCUCGCGCGCUUCGUCUCCAUCGGCGUCUACAUGCCGGCCUUCGGCUUCCUCAUCCUCAUCCUCGUCCUCAAGGCCCUCGACCUGUGGAUGAAGCUGAGUAAAUGCGAUGCGGGCCCCGAGGAGCAGCUCUGCGAUGGAGACCAGGGUGCUGCCCACGCUGCCGCUGAGGAGUCACGUCCUGGCCUGCUCACCCUGGUGCCACCCCUGCUGAUCUGCCAUGCCACGGGCCUCACCCUCUACUUCCUGCCUGUGCUGGGCCAGCACAUGGCCACCCAGCACUUCCCCGUCUCGGAGUCGGAGGCUGUGGUGCUGACGGUCAUUGCCAUCUACGUGGCCGGACUGGCGCUGCCACACAACACACACAGGGUGCUGACUGGCUGUGGGAGUGAACGCGGCUGGAUGACCCUGAAGCUUCUCUCCUUGCUGUACCUGGCCAUGCUGCUGGGCUGCAUCGCCCUCAUUAACUUCUCCCUGGGCUUCCUGCUGGCUGUCACCAUGGUGCCCGUUGCAGCCAUCGUCCAGCCCAAAGGCCCCAAGUAUCUGUAUGCAGUGCUGCUGGUCCUGGUCACGCCAGCUGUCACCCUCCUGCUCAGCAUCGUCCUGUACCAGGAGCUGAUCGAGUACCCCGUCUCGGCGCUGGAGUGCUGGCAGCUCUUCCUGCAGGCUGUGUCCGAGGGCCUGCUAGACCACUACCUCUACGGCUCCAUCGUCUUCCCCUUCAUCGCCCUCUUCGUCUACCCCUGCUGGCUGCUGCUCUGGAACGUGCUCUUCUGGAAGUAGCCGGGCCCCUCUGCCUGACCCCACAUCUCCUGG